UCUGGGAUGGCCCUCAGUUUCCUCAUAAACAACAUGUGUCACUCCCUUGAACCUACAGGCGGGGAAUGCGUGUAUCUACUGAUCUGACGUUAUCAAGGUUCCCUUGCCCACUGAAUCUCAAACUCCUUUGAGAUUCAGUGGGCACCCAAUCCUACGCUCGCCCUCAAUACCGUCUCAACCUUCAUACUCUCUCAAGGAUAUCUCUAGCGGAUGGUCACGACUAUGGCAUCAACAUCUUUUACUCCUUAUCAUUCAUCGCCACUUGCUUCCUCUGCUGAGCACCGCGCAUCAUCGCCCUCGACCCUUCGACGCACUGCCAAACUCUGGGACGAAUACGAAAGACGAGCCAUCGAAAACGCAAAGAGAAGGGAAACAACAUGCGGAACUCCUCUUCAAACCCCGUCAUCUCAGCGCUUCUCCAACGGCACCUUGGUCGACAUCAUCAAGAGCUACGACCCAACCGCAUCCGCAGCUUCAACCCCUAAACUCGACUUCGACUUUCCCCUCCGAAACCACCGACACAGCACUCCUUCCACAUCCGUACCCACAACCGGAGUUGCAGUCGCGAUAUGUAAAGCCUGCAAAGAUCCUAUUGAUUCUACAUCCGGAGUCUGCGAAGCCUGCAUGAAGACCAUAAUCAUUUCUCCCUCUUCCAGCCCAUCUACACCCCUCCUGAGUCCCUGUAGUCGAAACUUCGCAUCCACGGACCUCCCGAAACUACAUAAAGAGUCCGCUUCCGGUAGCACCACGCCGGCCGCUUCCUCUUCUCCAGGACGGAAGACCUACCGUCCAACCUCGCAACUCACCGAUCCUCCUAUCCGGCUCUCCUCCCUACACGCCCUCGAACCCAAGAAGCCUUCGCCCUAUUCAGCAACAACCUCGUCCCAGCAAUCGACCCGUAAAGCCUCCCUCACCGAUCCGAACGAACCUUUUCUCCGCCUGCAACUUUCUCGGAAACCGCUCCCUGCUACUCCCCACCCCUUAGCGCCAAGCACACCAUCCUCAGCUGGGCGUCCUUCUCCAGACUCGGGCAGACGCAAGCGCCCCUCGAGUUUGAAGCCGGUUCCUACGCCACCGCAGCGUGAGCAGGGGCAUGGCCACGCGCACGCGCAUUCCGUGUCGCAUCUUCCCGCGUGGUCUCUGCACUCGUCAUCAUCUCAUCCGUCGCCUCAUUACCAACCCUCUACCAGCCUUCACCACCAUCCCGUAUACCACUACCCUGGCUCGACAAGAACAUCUGCACCCGCCUCGCUCAACCGCGCCUCCUACAUCCAGAAUGCAGUGUCCGCGUGGGAUGACUGGGAUUCUGAUGAUGAGGAGGAAGACAAGGUUGGGCUGGUGGGGUAUUGGAAAGGAAGGGUUUGGAGGGGGAGUAGUGGCAGUUUGGCAGCGGGUGGUCAUGGAGAGGAGAAGCAGACGAAAGCCCGGGGAAAAAAGAAGGCCAAAGAGGGCAAUGGAGCGAAAAGUGAGGAGGAGGAGGAGCAGUCAGGAGCAAAUGGGAAAAAGGGGAAGAAGGAGAAGAGGAGGAGUGUGUUUGUCAGGGUGAUGAGUUGUGGGUGGUUGCACGGUUGUGGAGGGGAGGGGCGGUAGACAGUAGGUGAGGGUAAAGGACUGGGAGUAGGAUAUCGAAACUGCUGUUUGGCCUUGGACCGUUUUCAUCGGAAUAGGGGCAACGAAUGAGGUUUCUGGCGUAUUCGUUUAUGAGAAAUGGGUUAUGCGACGCACAUGAGGUAACGACGGGAAUGGCUACUGGGACAAGGAACAAAAGUAUGGAGCACACGCGGGAUUCUCGAAAUGGUUUUCGAUCUCUACAGGCUAGGAUAUCCUACUACACGCUCAAGGCUCAUGUUAUAAGUGAUUCUCGGCUGCGCUAUGCAAAUCUCUCCCCAACCCGCCACCCCUUCACGAACGCCCUGACCCCUUCCACUCCCUCACUCCCUCAUCCCAACCCUCAUUCUCCGCCACGGCCCACUCCACAGCCGCACCCACGUCUUCCACAAUCUUACUCGGCCGAUGCGCCGGCUCUGUGCCCUUCGUGUAC